AUCCAUGAAAGCUAGUCUGAGCGAUAAAGAAUGCUUUAUCAUCAACAAAAUUCGCAACUCAACGUAUUUCUAACGAUGUGUGACAAUAUACCGGUAAGUACGCAAGUCGUACCGACCUUUCUCGCCAGUAUGGACCUUAACGACUUAUUGGACUUUACAAACACCUCCAAACAAACGCAAAACUCGAAAACGGAAUUAUUGUGUACAUCUUAUGCCACUGCAACGAACGCCGGAAAUUGCACUAGCGUUUCCGAGCCCAGUUUUUCUGCGUAUAACACAACGGACGUUAGGGGCUUGAAUUUUCUCACGAAAGACGUAACGUCAGAAACGCAAAACGCGGUACUGCCUCAAGGGCUGAUGCCUUAUAUCAAAGAGGAACUGAAAAAUACAAUCCAGUCAAAACGCAUGACGGAGGGAAAAGAAGAGUUGAAGGUCGACUUCACGGACCGUGAACCUUGCACAUUAAGCCCGGAAGAGGAACAGAAAGUCGAGAAACGAAAAGUCCAGAACCGGAUGGCGGCAAGGCGCUUCCGGGACCGACAGAAAACGCAGACGAAUGCGCUGCAGAAGGAGUGUCGGCGGUUAGAAAACGAAAAGACGGAAUUUAGAAAAGAACUAGAACAGGUGCGAAAGGAAAGGGACGAAAUUCGCCAGUUAAUGGAGAUACAUCUCGCUUCCUGUCCGCAGCAACAAUUUCCCGCGCUUUUCCAUGGGAACUUUCCUGCUGGGGUGAACAACCUCAGCUGAAACCAAAGGGAGAAAACUGUGUAUUAAGUUACGCACUAUAAGGACUCGUAUAGUUUUUGUCUCCACUUCCUAGACCGUACAUAAUCUUUGGUGCCCUUUUUUUUUUUUCUUUGAUAAUACGGGCUGAUAUUUCAAACACUUGCUACACUCGAUCAUUUCGAAAGUAAACUUUUUAAUGUUAGGUAAGAUAUGUCGCAAAGCGAUGGGGAACAUAUCAGGAAAGAUGUGUUAACAAAGCGACGGUGUACGUCCCUUGGACAUUUCAGGAAAGAUAUGUUGCAAAGCGAUGGGGAACAUAUCAGGCAUUUAAUAUCCUAAUACAAGUGGGUAAUAACAUGUGAAUACUAAAAAUGGAGUGGAAUCAAACAUUUUAUUUUCCGGCCUUAUGACAGCUGUUAAUGUGAUAUUGUUUAUCUUUUACAGAUAAACAAGAACGGUGUAUAUAAUGUAUAUGAUUCAUAUGGUGUAAACCAUUGUCUUUUUUUUCAAAUCUAGUCUACCUCCAUUACAUUAUGUCAGCAGGGAAAUGAAAGGUGAGCGUUAUAUUCACGAAGCGCCAAACGAAAAUAUUUACUUUCAUGGCAUUAUUUAAGUGAAAAAUAGUAAAAUAUGAUGUAUGGAUGUUCAUUUUGUCACUAAAGUCAAAAUUAAUAGAGUAAUACAAAAUUGUUCUACAUUUGCUUGAAGUCUCAAUGGAUACCACAGUCAUAUUUUUAUCAUCUUCAAGUCUCUGUCAAUACGGACUUAGUUGCUUUUCAAGAUUCUGUUUAUAUUUUGAUGAGUUAAAAGAUUAAGUUAUUAAGUCGUGGUGCUUUCAUGUUUAUACAGAAUGAACGACAGAAGUUACAUAAACUGUCAUUGUGUAAGUCCGUGUUUACGUCCUUUAAAAUGAUAGACCUUGUGGAAGCUGGACUUGUUCGCACGAGAACCUGCCAAGCACGCAUAUCUUCAUAACUCUUUGACUUCUUACUUUACAUGUGUUUCAUGGUGUGAUACUAGUACGCCAAACCAUGCCUGUUGAAGCGACAUAUCGCCAAUAUUUACAAAAAGAUACACUUCAUGUAUGUAAAUAUGCACAUGUUUUCUUUUUAGAUACACACUCGUCUCGAUAUAAACUAUAUAUAAUAGAGUCAUCAUAACUAUAACAUAUGUGUAAGUAGUUGAUUGCCACUAUGUAUGUCAGUGUAUCCUAUCUGGCAAAUAUUCUUAUUUUCUUACUAUAUUAUUUAAUGCGGUACGCCUCUUUAAUUGACCCAAUGUAAGUCGAUGCAUCUCGACAAGAGGCCGAUUUACUUUCAAAUUAAGUUCGGCAAUAAGAUUUAUUCUUUGUUGUUUUUAUGACGGUUCGCAUGAGUGUUACAAAUGUAUU